GUCGAAAUCGCGGUAUUCAAUCCUCUUACCUUCUUCUCGUACCGUACAAAUCCAUCAUUGUUACAAUCCAUAUACAUCGCUUGUAUACUACUCCGCAACUUCCAGCUCUGCAAAUUAAGCGAUGAUCUAUUCUUUCAGUGCCAUCACCAUGUACUAACACGAGCUGGUUUGGCCAAAUCAUCUACUACUGUCACAAAUUUGGAUACGAAUUGAUUUUUUUUACGAUCUUUAUUGGUGUCGCUAAUCUUUCUAUUCCCCGCGCAUUUGACUUUACCAGUGAUAAAGUACAGAAGCUUUCUGGGCAGUGUCGUAAAGGAUCCGAAAGCUUGGAAGAAUGGCUGCAGCUAGUUCCCAGAGGCCGACUAAUGGAGGCUCAAUACCUCCCCAAUCUGUCCCUCUGAAUGGUGUACCACGCGCUCCAUCGCACAGACGGCAGCAGUCUCACGGCAUGACACCCAACGCAUUGGAUUACGAAACUGAUAGUGAUCAGACUUACGGAUCCAUCGAUGUCCCACAGACUCGAUCGAAACCUUACAAGAAUAACCCUGCUGUGGUUCAUGGUCAUCAAACUUCUCGCUCGUUCUCCGCGAGGACGAAAGGUUUGUCCCGCGAAGGGCAUCCAAACUGGAGGGAAAAGCCAUUACCACCAGAGCCAUAUAUCUCACCUGAUGAGUACGCCACAUCACGGGGCAGCAUGACUGAGUCUAGACUUUCUAUGUCAAGUUCGGUGAAGCGGGAUGAUUCUCAUAUGGCACCACCACCUGGAGACAGUCACCAAACACCGCUAAGUCGCUCUAACACGGUACGCUCCACGGCAGAGCAAAAGCAUGAUUGGGCGGCAGAUCGGUCACCUCUUCAAAAGCUUGAAGUGGCACUGACUGGAAUCAGCAAAGAAGAGAAGCGAGCUCGAGUCUUGGAAGCUGAGAUGAGGGCGAAAGAGCGGAUAGCACGUCAGGAAGCUGAAAAUAACAGUCGUACAGCGGUUCCAGUGCAAUCUAACCAAGAUAAUGUACCACGAGAUACUUCGAGCCCUCUGACGGAAGUUUCUCAGCGGACAGAUCCUGAGCAGCCAGCUUUACCGCGUCAAAGACCGGCUCAAGGUCCUUCAGAUAGAGUAAAACCCCCCCACGCGCGAACGGCCUCGGUACAACAUCCAGUGCCAUUGCCCGCUAACGCGCCACAGUCUGCAAGAGGCUACCCCCAGAAUACAGGAGUUGUCAGGACUGGCAAUGCUCCUAGACGGUCUGUGUCUGUGAGCCACUCAGCAGGAAAUGACGUUAUGGGCUCGCAAUCAAUUAAACCAAACAUGCCGCGAGGGGUUAGCGGUCCUUACACUGCAGAUACUUCCCAGGACCACCGGUAUCCUGAUCCUACUGCAGGAAAAACCCAAUAUCUGAGCCCUGCGGCGUCCGGGGUUAGACCAGUGCCGCAAGCUAUACGAAGGAAAGAGCCCCCCACAGCGACUAUUGGGCCCCAGCAAGCGGACCUGAAGGCCUACCCGACUGGGACUGGAUCUACUGAUAAUGCUAUGCCUGCACACUCUGACUCGAGUCGACAGCCAGGCGGGAAUGCCGCAAUGACAUCUCAAAGUUUUGAGAGCGAGCCUGCGUCACAGCCUAAGCCCAAGCGGCAGACUGUUUCAUUCGAUGUCCCACCUCCAACGCCUCCACCUUUGUCGGAGUGGAAAACAGCACCAGUGGCAAGACUGGGUGCUUCUGACUUUGACUACCAGAAUUUCGAUGUCGAUAAAAGUAAGGCGUGGUGGGAAGGUGGCGGAAGCAACAACCGCAGAAAGAGUAGGGCGCUGCCAAUCAACUACCAGAAGCCACCAAACACUAAGCCAUCGGCGAACAAGCGCUUCCAGCCACAUCUGUUCCUUAAAUGUGGUCCUUUACUCCGAUACGGAGGGUUGAAGCGGGUGCGAAUAGAUGGACCCAAUGGGGCAUUCGAUAAGGAGACUUGGAGAGGGAGUGUGUUGAUUGUGACAAGGGAUUCUCUCUCUUCAUAUGAGCCACCACCUACUUUAAGGUUAUUUCCUCAACCAAUGGAUCUGCUACCUCCUCCUCCGACUGAACUGAAUGGAGAGGAUUCUGAACUAGCCCCUGAGUAUGUGGACCCGACAGCUGGACUUAUGAAAUUGGGGCGAGAUGGUCGGCCUCUCUAUGUUAAGCCAGUAGAUCAUACAGAAGAAGAGCUGGACCUCUCUUGUAUUGAAAAUGACGACGGCAUCUAUGAGAUGUCACCAAGCAUCAUUGACUACAGCACUGAGGGUAUCAAGCAACCAAUCCCUGCUAACAGAGUCCAUUCUAUGGAUGGAGAAAUUGCUGGAUUCUAUAAGGAGGUUGCAGGGGCCCGCCUCUACGCCGACCCAGGAAGAGAUAUCACUUUCUGGAGGUUUAAUAUUGAGAUUGAAUUAGGAAAUACCCAGCAGCGGAUUGCAUAUCGCCUCAACCAAGGGCCGGCUCUGGGAUUCUGGGUGCCUGCUAGGGGACAGUCGAUGAACAUAAUGUACCACACAUGUAACGGCUUUGCCCCCGGCGUCGACUCUAACAAACUCUGUGGUCCAGACCCUCUGUGGCGAGACGUGCUCAAUGAGCAUCAGACUCGCCCAUUCCAUGUCAUGAUUGGUGGAGGAGACCAGAUAUUCAACGACAGGAUUACAGCAGAAUCAUCCUUUUUCCAGGAAUGGGUCAAGAUGAAAGAUAUCCAUGAGAAGUACGACACGCCGCUGAACAUGGAGUUCAAAGCGGAAUUGGAAAACUCUUUUCUUGAGCACUAUUCACGGUGGUUUUCACAGGGGCUUUACUCCCUUGCAAACUCGCAAAUACCCAUGGUUAACCUCUGGAAUGACCAUGAGAUCAUCGAAGGCUUCGGAUCUUACCCCGAUGAGUUCAUGAGCACGCCCGUGAUCUCAGGGCUUGGCAACAUAGCAUUCAAAUACUACUUGCUAUUCCAGCACCACAGCGUUCCGGAAGAGACCGAAGCAGAUGAGCCUAGUUGGCUGCUUGGAGCUCUUCCUGGACCGUACAUCAACCACCGAAGCCGCAAUCUGUUCAUGUCUCUAGGUGGUGGGGUGUCUCUCCUCGGCCUAGACUGCCGGACUGAACGCAUGAACGACGAAGUGCUCAGCGAACAAACUUCUGAUUUGAUUUGGGACAGAUGCCAUCGUGAAAUUGUCCGGGGCGAGACGAAGCACUUGCUAGUGCUGCUGAGUAUUCCGGUUGCAUAUCCUAGGGUGGCGAUGGUGAAAAAUAUUCUAAACAGCCGGAAAUCGCUCGGCAAAGCCGGGAUUUUUGGCGGUUUUGUAAACAAGACAGGGGGCAACAUUGAAAUCUUUGAUGACCACUGGACCGCUAAGCACCACAAGUCCGAACGCCAAUACUUGAUCGAAGAUCUUCAGGACUUGGCAGCAGACAAAUCCGUCCGUGUGACCAUUUUAAGCGGCGAUGUGCAUUUGGCUGCCAUUGGCCAAUUAUACUCGAACCCAAGAUUGAACUUGCCUAAGGACAAAGACUAUCGAUACAUGCCCAACAUCAUUUCCUCAGCUAUUGCAGAUAUUCCCGAGACGGAGAUGGUGUCAGACACGCUCAACAAACGGAAUCGAGUUCACCAUCUAGAUACUAAUACAGACGAAGACAUGAUCCCCAUAUUUACACAUGAUGUGAAUAAUAAGCCACGGAAUAACAAACGGUUGCUACCACGCCGAAACUGGUGCUCCAUCCGUGCGUAUCAGCCAGGCUUUACACCACAGACCACACCGGAACCUGAAUCGUCGCCGGUGGAGCCUCGACCGGGCAAGUUGCAAAGGACAUUGUCCUUGACGCGCGGAGACAGACCCCAGGGUAGCGGCGGCCUGUUACGCCGACUCUCGGGGCGUGGACGGCCACCGACUAAGGACUUUAACCUUGGAGGGAACCCAGUUGGGCGGCGUAUGAGUAUGGAUGGCCCAUUUCCUCCUGCGGAGACAGGCGAUAGCUAUUUUCCACCACCCACAAAUUCCCGCCCAGCUCCGUUCCUUCGACGGCCUACGAAUCUGAGCCAGAAGGCAUCUAAGAAGGCUGCAAAGCAGGGGGACGAUGGGGUUGGCGCCUUCGUUAAUUUAGAAGGGGGAUUGGCUAUAUCCUUGAACUUGGAAUUAAACCCGAAAGACCCGUCUGGUAUUACGACUCCAUACAAACUGCUCGUGCCGAUGCUGCGGUACGAAGGGGAUGAGUACGACCCCCCUGCGGCACCAGUUGCAAAGGGCUGGAAGCGGUGGUUGAGUGUACGGAGGAAUAAAAGAGAAAAGCAGAAUGUGGAGGACACCGAAGCUGAAGAAGGUUUCAGCGAUGAAGACGAGGAUGAGUACGACCAGCACGAGAAUUAUGGACGCUCAGCGGGACGCGAACAUGAUUAUGUUGCUGGUAGAGACGCGCCUCCAGAGACAUUAGUGCCGGUUGCUAGUCCAGGCGAAGUAGAGCACGAUGGUGUUGCCGAAACCUCGAGAAGGAGGAAGUGGUUUGGCCGAUGAGCUGAUUGAUAGCGGAGCGCGAAGCGCGAAGCGCGAAGCUAU